AGAUGUCGUUGACAAAAAAAGAUCCAUCAUUUUGUGUGGCGGCAAACGAUCCACACCUGGUCAGUUUGGGCGGAGGACGUUUGAGUACGGCUGUAACAAUACAUAAUAUACCAAUUGGUGACACAACAAUUGGCUCAUCGACCCAUUGUAAUAUUUCCUUAAACGGCAGCGGCAUCCGUCCCCUACAUUGUACCAUAUAUCGCAGUGAAAGUAAUGAGGUAACCCUGGUGCCCGAACGUGAUGCCCGUAUUUUAAUUGAUGGCAAUAAAAUAAUGGAGGAAACAAAUUUGACCCAGGGGGCCAUGAUAACCGUUGGCAAGUCUUACUAUUUACGUUUCAAUAAUCCGGCUGAGGCUCAUCAAAUACGCACCGCCAUGGGUUCGAGUGAAAGAAUUUCAAUGCCCCAGCUAGAUUUUAGUCAAAGGAAUUCCAGUAAAAGUUCAUCGGAUAGUAUGAUUAGUGGAGAUGCAAUAGAGAUUGAGGAGUUCUAUGAGAGCAAUAUUCAGCCGGCAGCUACUAGGCAAAAUAAUAAUAUAAACAACAAUAAUAGUAGCAUCAGUGGUAGCUCCAACAACAAGAAAUCAUUCUCCAGCUACAACAAUUUACCUCCCAUAGACAUCAAUGGUUUGCAGUGUCCCAAAGUUUUCACAGCCGAUUUGGUUACCGUAAAUCUACCAGCUGAGGAUGUGCUGGGCAAGAAAUUCACACCGAAAUAUGUACAGACCAUGGCUGAGGCCCAAAGGAAUGAAAAGAAUCUCUUGAAUGCCCGAAGGAAUUUCAAUCAAUCCAAACAAAAUAAUAAUAUUUACGAUAAUGUUCCGCUAACCUCAGUUGCAGCCAUGGCGGCAGGUGCAUCCUCCUCACCCAAACACCAUCAUCAGGAUCAUGAAAAUUCCACAAAAGUCAAAAAUAAUGCCUAUGAUCGCUACCCGAAAUUAGGGCAUUUACAAAUUUUCCCCAUGAACAGUAUUAAUAGUGAAAUGAAUACGAACACCACCACUUCUCCCAGUCAAGGGGUGGCAAGUCCCACAAAUAACUCCAACACGGCAACACCCCUCUCAAUUUAUAAUAAUUUCCAAAACUCCAAAGCCGGAGAUCAAGGGAAGACCAAAACGAUUAGCAACAAUGAAAAGGAACAUUUGGAUGAUAUGUUAAAGAUAUGCAGUGAAUAUACGGAUAGACAAAAUCAAGUGGCGCCCAAUGGAGGAGGAAAUACCACCAUUAACAACAAUAGUACCCCCAACAAUUCUUCACCAAUAGUACAAAAUCGCAUAAUAACAAAUGGUUCCUUACCUAGAGAAAGGAAAUCUCCCUUCCAAAAUAAUGACAUGCAAAAGUCCUUUGAGGGAAGUUUUAAUAAUCUAUCCAACACAGGAGGUAAUUCCGCGGAUAAUCCCUGUGAAAACAUUUACAAUUCAAGUGGUUAUGAAAACGUUAGAGUCCUGGGACCCAAACGUGUUGAAAUCAAUGGUCAAUCGAACAGCUCCAUGGAAAAUUAUGAAAAUGUCGUGGUAGGGAAAUAUGUACCUCAAAGUCCACGAACCAAAAUAAGAACCACAUGUAUGUCACCGAAAAAGGAGCAAAGUUUUAAUGCUAUCUUUUCACAAAAAGCCGAACCCCAGGCACAAACACGUACUACCCAUAACUCAAGCAACAACAAACAGUUGGAAUAUGAUGAACUCCUUAGGACUUUUGGAGAAAAAUUACAAAUCGAAAUGGAGGCCAUAGAAGAAAGUAGCCGCUAUCAACCACCUGCAUAUAGUUCUGGAAGUUCUUCGGCCAGUUCUGCUGCACAUUCACCAAAUUACAGCAAUAACACCGCCAGUCUUAAUAAUCGUAAUGUUCACAAUCUGAAAUUGAAUUUACGCUUACCCAGUUCAUUGCAAAAUUCACCGAAAUUAAAUAAGAAACCAGCACCGGCACCGAGGACUUUACUCAAAUCCGCGAAUAAUUCUGGUGGUAGUUUGCCUCAACUGCAAGCAACAAAGAACGACAUCGAUCCCUAUAAGGUUAAAUUGGAAUUGGAGCUUCAAGCUUUACAGGAUAAAAUACAUCGCCUGGAAGCUCAACGUAAUGCUACAAGGGUAAUGGAAGAAACCCAACAAGCCAAAUUGAAGCAAUCAAUUGAAAUGAAAAUGGAUCAAAUCAAGAAAUUAAAAAAUAUGCUAGCGGAGAAACCCGACAACGAUUGUCUAAAAGAUGAAUUGAAAAAUAUCAGUGAAUCGUUGGAAAAUGAUCGUAAAACUUUUGAAGAUUUGGAAUUUCAAUAUUUGGAAGAAGAAUCGGAAUGGCAUGCCUAUCAUGAGGAGUUAAAAGCGGAAGCCAAACAAAUGGCAAUCAAAUUGGGAGAAUUUACCAAUCAACAACAACAACAAUCGUCGUCCCAAACAAACAACCCAAAAGAAUGGCAAACACUUUCAAAAGAUUUCAAACCCAAAACAGCUGAACGUAAUAAUAAGCCGAAGAAUUACAACACAACAAUGGAUGAUAACCUAACGAGUAAACCAUUCGAUAUAGGUGAAGCCAUUGGCAUUAUGUCCCAGUCUCUAUUUGGUUCGGCGGAAAUGUUAUGCCCACGACGUCAUACGGAAGAUGUAAUGUCACGUAGUGUAAAUGAAAAUAUGUUUUUCAAUAAUAAAAUUGAAUUGCCGGGAACGAAUGGCGGUGGUGGUAAUGGUAUGGCAAAUACCAGCACACCCAAACGUCCUCAAUUACAAAUCGUAAAUAUCGAUGAUGAGUGUCUGCAAGACUCCACAACUACACCAACAACGACCAAGGGAAGCAACUCAACCAGUCAUACCGUGACCCAAACCAGUGAAUCGGCAUUUAGUAGUGCUGUACGUUUUAAUUUAUCUUUGGAUACGGAUGGUUUUGAAGUUAACCCCUUGGAGAAACGUGUACCAUCACAGGAUGAUAUCGAUCGUAUAUCGAAAGUAACAUCUGAUGCUCCGAUAUCGUCAAAUAAAGAGGGAGCUAGUACGAAAAUCUUCGAUUCGAUUAAGGAAAUUGAAAGGAAUCGCCAGUUGUUGUUGGCCCAGCAAGGUCACCAUGUUAUUGAACAUGAACGGCAAAAGAUGAACGACCUAAAGAAGAAGAGUCACAGUGAAGCACGUGCCCAAUAUCUAUCUAUGGUUAAUAGGAAGAGCGAUGACUGUAUGACUAAUAGCGAGGAAUCUCAAACGGAUUUACCUCUUCAGCAGCAGAAGCAUCACCAGCAACAACAACAAGAACAACACCCUAUGCUGGACAAGGAAAAUCAUCGACCUACCGUUGAAAGAAAUAACAGUAAAGUGAAAUCGAAUAAAUCAACAAAUAAUGAUGAUGGAGAUUCAUCAAAUCAGCAACGUCACUCCCAGCCUGAAUUUGAAACGAAUCAUUUACAUGUUGCGGAACCAGCAAAACGCCACAGCACCUCCUCACGACCGCUAUCCGAGGCGAACUCUGAGUUGAGUUGUGAAUUGUUGACAAAUCAGACAACCAGCAAAUCGAAUAUUGAACUAUCCACACUGAGUGGAAGCCACCAAUACAACAACAACAACAAUGCAAAUACAGAUACUGCCAAACGACCGGAUAGUCUUAAUUCAACAGAUGCCGCCAACAGCAGCAGCAACAACAACAGUUCUCUACAAUUAAGAGAUCAAUCGUCUCUGCUGUCGGAGGGCAGUGAACGUAAACGUACCGCAUUGCCCAAACAUCAACGGCCACUCACCAGAUAUCUGCCCAUUUUUUCACCAGAUUUAGAUUUACGACAACACAUCGAAUCGGCGGGUCAUCAAAUCGAUUUGUGUCCACAUGUCUUUGUCGACUCACACACAUGUAGGGGUUAUCUCCAUAAAUUAGGUGCCACCUUCCAUGGCUGGUCGAAACGUUGGUUUGUUUUGGAUCGUACGCGCAAUGCCUUUAUUUACUAUUCCGAUAAAUUGGAACGGAAACCACGUGGAGGGGCUUAUUUUUCAACCAUCGAUGAAGUCUAUUUGGAUCAUUUGAAUGUCUCAAAAAGUGGCCGACCCCAUUGCACAUUUAUUGUUAAGACUAAAAAACGCAGCUAUCAACUAUUGGCAGCCUCCGAUGCAGCUGCUAGAAUAUGGAUUGAUGCCAUAAUAACUGGAGCUCAAGGCAACUUAGACUAUUAGUAGUAUUACUCAU